GCUGAGUUGUCUCUCCUCGCUCAUUUGUUUAUACGGAAACCUCACCCAAUUUCUUUCCCUUCCCUGCGGGUAGGUGUGUCUGAGACACCCACUGCACUCUUCUCUUCGAUUUCGCCGCCGAUCAACCGUCGCUGUCACCGCCGCCAACGCCGCUGCACCACCGCAGCCACUCGCGCAGUCGCCGCGACGCUUCUUUUCCUCUCCCUCUGGACCCUCUCUGGAAUUUAACUUUGUCUUUUCUCUCUUCUCGAAUCCAUCUGGUUUUCCUCUUUUUAUCGAAGUGAGUCUCUCUCUCUCUCUCUCUCUCUCUCUCUCUCUCUCUCUAUAUAUAUAUAUAUAUAUAUAUAUCUACUGUGUUAUGCGUUCGAGCCACAAAAUCAACUGAUGGGGCCCAAGAAGCGAAACCUCGCUCAACGCUCCAGACCGUCGCCGGCGGGUUCUCCGGUGGCAAUCCUGUCCGGGGGAGAUGGGCUGAGUUCCUCCGAGCCGGAUAGGUCCCCGACUGUUGAUUCUUCUAAUCAGACUAAGAUCGAAGCUCCGAUUGAAUCGGACACUUCGUCUUACUUGGCAAUCAAGCUUGAAUGCGAGCGAGCCUUGACCACGCUUCGCCGCGGGAACCACACUAAAGCCCUAAGACUUUUGAAGGAGUCGAGUGUUCGCCAUGAGGGCUCACCGCACGGUGCCUUGAUUCACCGAGUACAAGGCACUGUUUGUGUGAAAGUGGCCUCGAUUAUAGAUGAUCCUAAUGUGAAGCAACGGCAUCUGAGGAACGCGAUUGAGUCUGCCAGAAAAGCGGUCUCUUUGAGUCCUGAUUCGGUCGAGUUUGCCCAUUUCUAUGCAAAUUUGCUCUAUGAGGCGGCUAAUGACGGGAAGGAGUAUGAAGAAGUGGUGCAAGAGUGUGAGCGAGCGCUGUCAAUAGAGAAUCCGAUUGAUCCUGCGAAGGAGAGCCUGCAAGAAGAGAGUCAGCAGAAGAUUCCAACUGCCGAUGCGCGGAUUGGGCAUGUGCAGCAGGAGCUGCGCGCACUUAUUCAGAAAUCAAGCAUUGCUUCAAUUUCAACGUGGAUGAAGAACCUUGGAAAUGGGGAGGAGAAGUUCAGGUUGAUUCCCAUAAGGCGGCCGCUGGAGGACCCAAUGGAGGCGAGGUUGGCUCAGGCUAGAAGGCCAAAUGAGAUUAAGAAGGCAAUGAAGACGCCUGAAGAGCGAAGGAAGGAGAUUGAGGUUCGGGUGGCUGCUGCAAGACUUUUGCAGCAGAAGUCUGAUUCACCUCAAUCACAAAAUGAAGAGAACAGGUCUGGGGAGUUGUCUUUGUCUGGAAACCAGAGAGUUGGAGAGCGGAGGAAGUCUGUAAAUUUGAGGAAAAGUGCAUCUUCUGCGGAAAGGAGGGAUUGGGUUCAUUCUUAUUGGAAGUCCAUCAAUAUUGAUACGAAGAAGGAGUUGCUUAAAGUCAGGAUUUGUGAUCUCAAGGCCCAUUUCAGUUCAUUGAAGGACAGUUUGGUUAACGAUGUUUUAUUGGAAGCCUUGUCUUAUGUUGAAGCUAACAAGUCGUGGAAGUUUUGGUUGUGCUGCCAUUGUGGUGAGAAAUUUGUUGAAUCUGAAUCUCACAUGCAGCAUGUUGUGCAGGAGCAUAUGGGAAACCUCUUGCCUAAAAUGCAGUCGGUUUUACCACAGCAUGUUGACAAUGAGUGGAUUGAAAUGCUUCUAAGUUGUUCUUGGAAACCACUGGAUGUUUCUGCUGCUGUAAAAAUGCAGGAAAAUAAGUCAAAAUGCCAAGAUCCCGAUAUUGUUGAUGAAUUUGAUAUGGAAAACCAUUCAGAAUGUAAGGAUUCAUUCAAAGAUGCACGUGAUUCUUCAUUUGUAAAGGGAAAUGCUGGGAAUCUUUGCAAUGGCAACACCCAAGAGGGUAAAGACCAUGAUAACAUGCGCAGUAUUGAGUGGAGAGAAGGUGAUUGGAACCAGGGGUCAAAAGCGAAUUUCACUGCUCACAGCUGGCCAUUGUGUGAUGACGCCGAGUGUGCAAAGCUCCUGGAAAGAAUCCGUGCAUUAUUUGAGGUUCUUAUUAAACAUAAAUAUCUUGCUGCAAGCCAUCUUAACAAAGUGAUACAGUUCUCGAUAGAUGAGCUACAGGGUCUUGCUUGUGGCUCACAGCUCCUGAACUGUGGUGUGGACCAAACACCUUUGUGCAUAUGCUUUCUGGGAGCUUCGCAGCUUAGGAAAAUCCUUAAAUUCUUGCAUGAGCUGUCUGUCACCUGUGGUUUGGGUAGACAGUCUGAGCAAAAUAGUAGUUCCAUGGACGACACGAACAAUGACACUCAAGGUUCUGAGAUUAAAGAGAAGAUUGUUCUCAAUGGAGAUGCAUUAUGUCUCCUUUUGGAUGAACGUUUGCUGCCGAGCAAACCUCUGAACACAUAUCACAGUGCCAUCACAGAUGAUGUGGGUGCAGCAACUACUGCUAUUAUUAGCCAUGAAAAUGGGUUUCUACCGGAAACCGAUCCUUUAUUGUCCUGGAUUUUCACUGGCCCUAGUAGUGCUGAACAAUUGGCAUCUUGGAACCAUGCAAGAGAAGAGAAAGCACAACAAGGCAUGGAAAUUCUUCAGAUGCUUGAGAAAGAGUUUUAUCACCUCCAGAACUUGUGUGAGAGAAAAUGUGAGCACAUAAGUUAUGAGGAAGCAUUGCAGGUAGUUGAGGAUAUCUGUCUUGAAGAAGGGAAGAAGAGGGAGAACAUCAUGGAAUUUGGCCACCAGAGCUAUGAAUCUAUCCUAAGGAAGCGGCAAGAAGAGCUUGAGACCGAAGCUGAUGUUGUCGUAAUUGGCAAUAGAUUUGAAUUAGAUGCUGUGAGGAAUAUUUUAAGAGAAGCUGAAACUCUGAAUGGUAAUCAGUUUGGAUAUGAUGAAACUAAUUCUCGCGUGACUUCUCAUCUGUGUGACCUGGAAUCCAGAGAAGAUGAUGAUUGUAGAACAAAAGACUAUCCGCAUCAAGUGGAUGCAUGCAUUGAAGUUGCGAUCCAGAGACAGAAAGAACAAUUGUCUAUAGAGCUCAGCAAAAUUGAUGCCAGAAUCAUGCGGAAUGUUUCUGGCAUGCAACAGCUGGAGCUUAAUCUUGAUCCUGUUUCUGCCCAUGAUUAUCGGUCGAUAUUGUUGCAUUUAGUGAAGUCGUUCUUGCGGGUACACUUAGAGGAUCUUGCAGAGAAAUAUGCCACAGAAAAAUCUGAUGCCGCAAGAGAAGCCUUUUUAGCAGAACUUGCACUUGAUUCUAAGAAGGGAACUAGUGGAGGAAGUGAUAAUUCAAGACAUGUACAGGAUAAGGCAAAGGAAAAGAAAAAGAAUAAGGAGUUCAGGAAGAACAAGGACCCAAAGACUGCUGGUGGUAAUGAGCAGCAUGUGCUUAAUCACAAGACUGCUGAAUGCAUUUCCUUUCCGGAUCAUUCAGAUCCUGAGGUGGUCAUUUCUGUCGGCAGUGAUGACCUCAAACAACAAGAAGAGGAAUAUAGGCGUAAAAUUGAGCUUGAAGCAGAAGAAAGAAAGUUAGAAGAGACUUUGGAGUAUCAAAGACGGAUUGAGCAUGAAGCCAAACAGAAGCAUCUUGCUGAGCUGCAUAAGAAAACUAAUAGACCAUUUCCUGAGAAGGUGUCAGGGGUCUUGCCCAAUGCCUAUCAGAAGCCUGGUGUUGAUGAUCAAGAUAUGCAGGAACAGCGUUUGAGGCUUGCUAAGCAUGAUCUGUCAGAUCAGAAUCAUGGGUUUCCAAACAAUUCAGAAGGCAUGCCUCUGAACUCUUCAGAUGAAGCUGCAAUGUCAGCUGAUACUUGUUCUGAUUCUGGCACCCAAAGGAAUAGAAGUACCCAAAAUCAGUCUCUUGCCAAAGUUAAACAAGGCUUCGUGAAUGGCGGAAUUCUAGAGGAUGCUGUUUUGCCUCCUGACCAGAGGGCAGGGAGAAAAGGUAGACGGCAUAAGAAUUCAGCCAAAAUUGUUGAUGGGAAGUAUCAACCUGCAUCAUCUGGAAAGGAAAAUUUUGAAGUUGGGAUUUCAAAUAUUGAUGUUGGUCCAAAAGAACAAGUUAAGGGCAGUCUCCGUAGUGAUGGAAUUAAUCCUUUUUUGGAAGAGAAUGGGACGAAGACCUUGAGACAAUUACGGGCUGAGGAGGAUGAUGAGGAAAGGUUCCAAGCAGACCUUAAAAAAGCAGUGCGCCAAAGCCUGGAUACAUUCCAAACACAUCAGAAAUUUCCCCCAGUAUCAAGUUUGAAGAUGCCGCAAAAGAUGUUUCCAGAAGCAGAUUAUUUUGGUGCUUCACAAAAUGAAGUCAUGAUGAAAAGUGCUAAUGAGUCAGAUAUCUAUGGUACUGGGCUAAAGAAUGAAGUUGGCGAAUACAAUUGUUUUCUGAAUGUAAUCAUACAGUCCCUGUGGCAUUUAAGACAGUUCCGCAAUGAGUUCAUGAGGAGAUCAACAUCAGAGCAUGUUCAUGUAGGAGAGCCUUGUGUUGUAUGUGCAUUAUAUGAUAUCUUCACUGCCCUGAGCAUGGCAUCUACAGCUACGAGAAGAGAAGCAGUUGCUCCCACUUCUCUGAGGAUUGCUCUUAGCAACCUGUAUCCAGAUAGUAAUUUCUUCCAGGAGGCUCAGAUGAAUGAUGCUUCUGAAGUGUUGGGCGUAAUAUUUGACUGCCUUCAUCGGUCAUUUACUUCUGGUUUAACCGGUUCUGAUACAGAAUCAGUAGAGAGCAAUUGCACCGGGACUUGGGACUGCACUAACAAUGCUUGUAUGGCACAUUCUCUUUUCGGAAUGGACAUUUUUGAAAGAAUGAAUUGCUAUAACUGUGGCUUGGAAUCCAGGCAUCUAAAGUAUACUUCGUUUUUUCAUAAUAUUAAUGCCAGUGCCCUGCGAACAAUGAAGGACAUGUGUGCAGAGAGCUCCUUUGACGAGCUUUUAAAUCUUGUAGAAAUGAAUCAUCAGAUAGCUUGCGAUCCAGAGGCCGGUGGCUGUGGGAAGUUUAACUACAUACAUCAUAUUCUUUCAAAUCCCCCACAUGUUUUCACAAUAGUUCUGGGAUGGCAGAACACAUGUGAGAGUGCUGAUGACAUAACGGCAACUUUGGCGGCCCUUUCUACUGAGAUAGACAUCAGCGUGCUUUAUCGUGGUCUGGAUCCAAAAACCACACACUGCUUGGUGUCAGUGGUCUGCUACUAUGGACAGCAUUAUCAUUGCUUUGCAUAUAGUCAUGAUCAUGAACGAUGGGUUAUGUAUGAUGACAAAACUGUCAAGGUCAUUGGAGGCUGGAAUGAUGUUCUGAUUAUGUGUGAAAGGGGGCAUUUGCAGCCUCAGGUUCUUUUCUUUGAAGCUGUAAACUAAUUUACAUGUGGGAUUUGUUGCAUUCGAUGCUUUGAAGGGCUUCAAUUUUAAAAUGGCUCGACACUUGGUCAUUGUCGGAAUCGACAUCAUGCUGCUAGGGCGCUUGCAAUUGUCACAGUGAAUUUUGUCAUAUUUGUUUUAAAAGAAAACAGUUUCAACAUAGAACAGUGCGUUCAUCAGGAAUUUUGUCACAUAAUCUGAAGAUUUUGUUAAAGCAUCAGGCCCCAUCAGGGAUGUAUAUCGUAUUAAAAGAGGUUUUGAUCAAAGUGAGGAAAUCAGAUGAUUGAAAAGCUCAAAGUCUAGGCUUUGGUUUUCGGUGCUAAACAGUUCAACAUAAUUUGGGUUCAUGUCUGCAAAUUUUUGUUCAUUUCUCGGAUAUUUCCAAUAAGGUGGUUUAUUCGAAGCAAAGAGCAUUGACCACCACAUUGCCCUGCCAGGACUUAAAAGCAGCAGAGCAAAUCUUGCUGGAUUCUUCACAUCAAUGGUUGCCGGUGGUUGCUGGGAGUAAACAACAGUUGUACACAGGGGAAUACCAGUCAUUAGUUUCAAAAACUUGGUAAAUUUUUGUUUUAUUGCCCUUAUGUUUUAUUUAUAUAUAUUUUUGUUUGAUUUAAAGUUCUGUAUAGAUCUGUAGCGGGUUUAGUCCUCAUAAUGCACCUGAUGAAAUACUAGAGAAUGAAAUAUUUGAGAUCUGUGUUCAACUUGUGGGAUAUUAGAGCUUAUUUGAGAUAUCUUCAUCUUGUGAAAUAUUAGUAAAAAUACCAUUUUAAUGACGCUUUUAUCAAA